UUAUUAUUAAUUAUUGUCGCUGGGUGUAAAGUGGUGAUCUAAUAAAUGACGCGAUCACAGCUGAGCUGACAUUGGUUGAGUUCUCUCCAAAUUAAAUAUUCGCAGGACUCUUUCUUUCUUUCUUUCUUCUUCAACUCUCGUGUAUCAUAUGGCAAGCCAAGGGAAGAGGCAGUCAAAAAUUGUUCUAACAAAGCCAUUUUCGUUGGAAGUUGACACAACAGAUUUAGAGCCAGGUUACAGUUACAGAGCCCCUAAUCUUAUAAGUCGCUUGUUAAGUUUACUCAAAAAUGUACGCCCAGGAUCAGAUCUCACUAACUUACAGCUGCCGCCUCUGUUUAAUUUCCCAAAAUCACAACUUCAAUGCUAUGGUGAAUCAGUAUACUGCACAACUUCAAAUUCAAACUUGUUGACCCAAUGCAACAAUCAGCAGAGUCCACUUGAAAGGCUCACAUCUGUCGUAGCUUGGAGUAUAUCUACCACACGUCCUACUUCUUUUGGGGUUGCUCCCUAUAAUCCCAUUCUUGGAGAGACACACCAUGUUUCCAAGGGCAACCUCAAUGUCCUACUUGAGCAGGUUUCCAUCAACCCUCCAGUAUCUGCCCUCCAUGCAACAGAUGAGAAGGAAAACAUUGAAAUGAUAUGGUCCCAGCAACCUGUUCCUAAGUUUCGUGGUACAUGUAUUGAUGCUGAAGUGCAUGGAAAACGGGUGCUAAAGCUGAGAAAUCAUGGGGAAACAUAUGAAAUGAAUUGUCCUCGCCUCUCAAUUAGAAUUCUUCCAGUUCCUGGAGUUAAUUGGGUUGGUAAUGUUAAUAUAAAGUGCCCGGAAACAGGCCUUGUGGCUGAGUUAUCCUACAACUCAUCCUAUUCUUUUCUUGGACUUGGUGGGAAUAGUAAAUUGAUCAAAGGGAAGAUCCUUGAUUCUUCAUCAUCCAAUGUACUAUAUGAAAUUGAUGGUCAAUGGGAUAGUACUGUUAAAGUGAAGGAUUCAAACAGUGGGAAAGUCAAAGUAAUAUAUGAUGCAAAAGAAGUCAUUUCAGGCCUCAAAACUCCUACUGUCAAGAAUGCAGAGGGUGUGUGGCAAACUGAAUCAGCCCUUAUUUGGAGUGAGUUGACCCAAGCCAUUAUUAACAAAGACUGGGAUAAAGCAAGAGAAGCAAAGCAAGGUGUGGAGGAAAGACAGAGGAAAAUGUUGAGAGAAAGGGAGAGCAUAGGGGAAGGUUGGACUCCUAAGAAUUUUUUGGUGUCUUACAGUAAUGAAAGUGGAUUGGAGUGUGAUUGUUCACCCAUUCAUAAAUGGGUCCCUGCUGCCCCUAUCAUAGCCCUGUAAUUUUUUUUACUUAUGUACUACAUAGUAGAUAUCCAAAAUUACUUCUUGCUGGAUGAAAAUUUUAAAGAAUUGAAUAUAGGAAUUCUAAGAUAAAAUUUCACAUUAUAUUACAUGUAUAUUUGAGACACA